AUGGCAAUCAGUCGAAUAAGCCCUUUGCGCCCGUCCAUACGACUCUCACCCGUGCACUCUCGCGAAAACUCACGUUCGGCGUCCCCUGAACGGAAUCCGGGCUCCUUAUACCAAAAAAUCGAUCCUCUCCUUAGCAAUCUGUCUCCCGAGUCAACCCUGCACGCCCUGACCUCUACCGAAGCGGUUCCUUCGAACGGCGACUUUUCCCAUAAUAUCCUCGCACAAAGUAUAUCACAAGUAUCGCCAGCCGAACGCGCUUUGGGGAUUCGUGCCGCCAUAGCCUCACAGAACUUGGCUCUUUGGUAUAAGGAGGUGCAGUCGUGGCUCUGGCCAACACAUAGCGAUGCGAAGGUCGGAAAGGGGUUCGUGCCACCGGUCGAAACGCUGUUGCAGGACAAACGCGCCGUCUCGAGCUCUGUGCGGCCUCCUAUCACGGGUGGUGACGUGGAAUAUUACGGGAGCUUGCCGGCAGAUGUGGUUGAGGAGUAUGAGAAGAGGAUCGAGGAGAUACGCGAUGGAAUGGACAAUCUAGAUGUCGACGAAUUGAAGGAACACGUUCUCAAUGCCCACAUUCCAUCCCGGUCUCGCCCUUCCUCGUCGACCAGCACUGUGUCCGUGCCCCCUCCGCUCAGCUAUGUCCAACUCAGCGAUUUCACGGCUGUCGUUACUGCUACAAUCCUGCGCGCCUUACCAUUAUUAUCGCGACUGAAUAGCCUCUUGACCACCUGGGACGUUCGUCUUCUCGUCUCUCGUCAAAUACCGGGCCUGUUGAGAGAAUUGAAAGCAACACGAUCCUCACUGGAUUCCUCCUUCCGCGCGCUACGGACAUCAAACCCCAGCGACGGUAACGAUACACUCCUCUCUGCCUCACAUCUACGCGCCGAACAUGUCAGCCUCGAGUCGGCUGUCGUUGCGGUGGGCCGGCGGAUGGAUCGUGCCCUCGACGCGCUGGAGGGCCGUCAAGAUUCCUUACCUGAAAGUUGGAUUGAUGAUCUGGAGGGCAUUGAGUCCGACUUUGCUGCGUGGGUAGUGGAGGCUGAGAGAUAUAGACUCCGCAGAGAGUGGCUGCGUACGAAGGACCAACCCAAAGAGCCCGAGCCAAUCGAAAGCUCUGGACGUCAGCCUAAAAUUCCUCCAGAAGACGGAAUCUCGCACACGACAGGAAUGGCAUCACUCACCGCCGCAGCAGAGGAGCCCCAAGAACUGAAUCGUCCAAUGGAGACCAUUGAAGAAGAAUCCGAACCCCAUCCUCAACUCCCUGCCGCUAGCGGUGCCGAAGAACCUGAACAUAACUUGAAAGAUCCUGUUCCGUCCUCGACUGAGAGGACCUCGAUAUUGCCCACAACGUCUGACUCGAAGACUUCCUCGUCCAGUCCCGUCCCAGAGACUCCAGUGUCCAAACUGACUGAAGAGACCAAGGAAUGCUUUCCAAUUCAGACAGAUUUGGUUGUCGCUGAAGAUGUGCAAUCACCCACGCCACCCACUUUUUUACUUCAUCAUGAGGUCGACACCUCGGGUCAGCCAUCACCCUCUCAAGUCCCUUUACCGAUGUCACCGGAUGUCCAAGAUAAAGAAAAUAUUCCCCCUCCGGGCUAUAUUCAAGACCGGCCUCUGUCAUCCUCUGGACCAAAACCUGCCGCUCUGGCGGAGCACAAUCAGAUGGAUGAUGACCCCUUCAUUCAAAGGCCGGCUUCUUCGAGUGGAGUUGCGGUCAAGAAGAUGUCCAAUGUUCCCGUGGCGGAUGACGCGCCAAUCGAAGAAACCGGCGCGUCCUCGUCUAGCCAGAAGCCGUUGAACGAAAGUGUCAAUUACAUCCGGGAAGAGACUGGCAAGCAGGCUCAGGUACUGGAUAAUAAGCUCGAUCAGCCAGAGCAGAUUGCAGUCCAGGGGGUUGCUCCAGCAUCACUCGCCGAUACGCUUCGCUUUAUGUCCAUCAAGUCUGAAUUUGAAGCACAGCCGAUUCUCCCCGAGAAGCCUGAAGCACAAACAACUGAUGUCACCCUGGCCGAGGAUCCAAAAGACACCCCAAGUACCCAUGAGCUUUUUGACACAUCAAGUCGGGGCCCGCGGCAAUCAGAUGCUACAAAGCCCGCCGAACCGCCCGCCGAACCCGAGAUUAGACUUGCUUCUACCAGGUCCCAGUCGGUGGAAGAAAAGACGCAGUCACAGCAACCGGUUUUUUCGCGUAAACCCCUGCAGAGCCCAAUCAAGCUAUCAAAAACCCGACCAGCGACAUCGAAAAAUGCCCAAAAGCCACGCCAGCGUCGACGAUCUAUAGGAUCGGUGGGUUCUUUGCUUUCGGACAACUCUUCUCUCAUCUCGAGCCGUGAUGCACCUGAACCCCAGACCGGUUCGUCAGGCGAGGAUCCUCCUAUCACUCCUUCUCGUCAGGAGUUACCUCGACCAGGCUUGAUUCAAUCGCACGGUGAUCAUAUGUUGCGAGAGGAUCGUCUCCUUCGUCUCGAAAGGGCGAAGUCCUCACGCGUAGCGUUCCAGCAGGACAGUUCAGUCAGCCUACCUCUUGAACGGUUCAUCAAUGACAAGUUUGGUUUGAAUAUGGGUGAAGAACCGGCCUCAGAACUUACCGGCUUCCCUCCCCCUCUCAAAGCCUCCAUGAUUGCCAAAUUGCCUCGUACCACCGGUCGCUCAACACCCGCGCCCCAUGUACCGCCUCGUGGGGCUAGUCGCCGUCCUGUACUUACUCGCGUCAAGUCUGUAUCCGAUCUGAAGGAUAGUGAAAAUGUCAGAACGAACGUCGAUCUCAACAGGAAGACGUUUGGCACGAACACGGCCCAUCGGGCUCUCCUUCAUCAAGACCAACCAAAAUCUACCCGCCUCCGCCAACGGCUCACGGCCCAUCCGAGUUUGGAAAGCCUCGGUGUUAAGAGACAGGAGCUGGCAUAUGUUGAGGAGGAUGAAUCAGAGCUAAAAGACGAAAGAUCUCGUGCUUCGUCUCCAAACAAGAGGAAGCCCCGGGAUCAGCUUGACGAGAAGAUUAAUUCUAUCUUGAGCACUCUUCCUGGCCGUAUCCACCUUGUCGACCCCAACAACGAGGCUGAUACUUCGUCUUCUUCGUCUUCUAUGGACCAUAAGAUGCGAGAAAGAUGCUUUUCCGAGUCUCCGCAGGGCGCACCAUCGCGCAGCAUCACUCCUGUUCCUUCAUUGAUGCUUAUGCCUGCUGCCCGGAGGCGGUUAUCACACGCCCAUAAAGCGGAAGAUAGCUAUGUGAAACUAUAUCAUCUUCACCACGGAGGCCAGACAGCCCCAACCAAGCUUUUUGUCCGCACCGUUGGCGAGGACGGCCAGCGCGUUAUGGUCCGUGUUGGUGGUGGCUGGGCCGAUCUCGGUGAAUACCUACGCGAAUAUGUCAUCCACCAUGGCCGCCGCACGGUCUCGGAAACACCACGCGUUGAGGUGCAGGGCCUGACUUCUCGUUCACCGCCCGGCUACUCUCCGGCUUCCGGUACCAUGUUGACCGCGGGAGCGCCUUCAUAUAUUACAUCCGGUCGAGCUACUCCCUCCCGACCCGCUUCUGUCAUCAGUGCCCGCCCUCCAUCAUCACUCACUGUCCGCAAGAGACGUGGAUCGAAUGCAUCUGAUGCCGCAAUCCUCCGAUCAGUCACCGCCGGAACUCUGAAUUCAUAUUUCUCGCCUCCGCAAGUUGCAGCACCAGGCGGACGACGCCUCUCAGUGUCCUCCAGCUACUCCCUCGGAGGCGCCCACUCUCCUGCCAAUACCGCACUCGCCUCCCUCGCUCACGAUUCCCAAUCCACACCUCUGGGUCUAGCCGGUCCGAAGCCCCGCUCUCGGCAAAUCUCGAUGAGCCCAGAAGGCGAAGCCUGGGUCGAAGACGUCUUGCAACAAACCCGCCGGUCCAGCUCUCACAACCCCCCACAAUUUGCACUGAAUGUUGUAGCUGGGAGUGAGAGUGUGAUUGACGACGAUCACGACUAUGACCACGACCGUAGCCAUGGCCGGCGGUCCUUGCCCAAGGUCUCAAGCAUCAGCGAUAUUAGAUCUGUCGGCUCGAGCAAGCGAGUUUCGCUGAGAGGCCUCGGCAAUCGCAGAUGA